CUUCGGUAUAAAUUCCUCCAAAACACCCAAUAGUAAAUUCAAAUGAUGGCUAAAACCUCAUUUGCAAACCAUUGGCAAACGAGCAAGGUCCGGGCCGACCCGGAUCCGAGUACUAAAACCAUAUCUCGAUAGACUUGGACAACGAUAACUAAAGUUACCCGCAAAUGGAACCAUAUCACCGCCUUCUUCUCUUCGAGCUCCACUUCAACCCUCCCUCGCCGCUGCUACCAUCACUUGCUGUCCAAUACCCCUGCGAAUUCAAGAGUUCUGGGAUCUUGCCUCCCACCACAGCUUUCACCAACUGGAGUCGCCGGGGACCGACCAGACGGCUAAGGUACAACUUCAGAGAUGAGCUCUUCACCGACGACAGCGAUGAUCGGUAUGGAGGUUUCCGGUCUGGCGGAGCUUCUUCGACCAAGAGAGUCUGGUGGCUCGACGACGACGAUGAAGACGCUGAUUCCGAUUUCGAUUCAGAUUCGUGGGAGGUGGACGAUACGAAGAAUGAGUUCCCCCUUUUCAAGGUGAUGGCAGCUUUAGGUUGGAUGUUUCCAGCAAUUGCAGUAUCUAUGCUGGUAGGAACGGACCAAAACGCAUUGCUCAUGGCCUUAGCAGUUCCACUAGGCCAGACCGUGGUUUCACUGGUGGUUGACAAGCUCUGGGGAAGAAGCACAUAUGAGAAAAGACCCAAAACCAGAUCAUGGACCCAAUCAAGGAAGAAAAGACCCUUUAGCAAAACUGCUUCCACGACCGAAACAAGGGCGAGAAAGGAACAACAUGAAGAAGAAGAAGAAAGAAGAAGCAAUGGAAGUGGGAACGGUUAUCAGUCAUGGGUAGCAAAAGAUGGUGAUGACGAUGGUGCACAUAAGAAGAGGGAUAGUAAAGGUGGUCCGGGGUUUGGUGGGUGGGACGAGCUAGAUAGAGUAGGCAAUGAGACUCCACGAACAAAGACAACUACAAUGCGAAAUGGAAGGAAGGUAGAUGGGCAAAGGAAGCAAGGAAACAGAGUUAGGAUGAGCAGAAGAAGAGUUAGGGAGAAACCUCUUCUGCUCCGGAUGCUGGUUGCUGUGUUCCCUUUCAUGUCUUCCUGGACGGGGUUCCUACUUUGA